GUCCGCGCGGAGCCCAAACAUUGGGAGAUUUUAGCGGCAGGAAUUACAGCGCUGUCUGACUGAUAACACAGCAAGAUGUAGCCAGAGAUGUGUGCUAAUGGCAACCAUGACUAUGAUCCAAUACAAGUUUGUGAGCUGAGAAAUGAUGUACUUUCUGAUAUCUAGCAAUUUCCCCUCCCUCUAGAACCACAACCAGGAAUAUAAUGUCGGAGGUGCAACUAUUAAGUCAGCCUAAUAAUGGAGUGUCUGCUCAUCUACGAACGAUGAACAAAGAUUCAUGCCAUCUUGGUUCCUCUGCAUGCCAUGAUUGUGAUUGGGUGAAAGUUGCAUUACCGUUUGUCUGCAAAGUGAUUCGCCAUGUCCGUGAAUUGGAAGCAAAGACUGAAGUUUGGUUCAGACAGUUUACAGCAUCUGUACAGCCGCAAACCCGAGACGGAAGUCAAUUUUCAGAAAAUAUGAAUGGGAAUGCUGAGAGAUAUGUAAUGCCAGCUGAAAAUAACUUUAAUCAAACACUUUCCAGUGACCUGACUUCACCUAACCUUUGUGUUAAAGGUGUUGGACUUGAGGCAACAGAAUAUGAACAAACGACAGCUUUGCAAGAAGAGGCAAGGGAGGUCCUCUCAGAGAUCAUCAGCUUGAUGGAACAACUAAAAGCUGAAUGCCAAAAGAAAAGUGAGGCUUUAAAAGCAGAAAGAAUGCGGGUGGCAACACUUGGAAACAAAAUUGAUCAACUGUCACUCUGGUGGCUGCAGGAGCUUCCUGAAGCUGUACAAAAAGAGCAUGAGCUAUGCUCACAGGAUAUAUAUGAAUUACAGUGGCAUGUUGAGGUCAAAGCAUAUCAUUUAAAAAAUCUACAAAAUCAAAUCGCCGAUGCAGAAGUACUGAACCAGAAACUACAGGAAGAAAUAAACUUAAUGGAAAAACUUGAAGAUCAACUGGAGGAAAAGCUGGAUUUGGAAUGGAACAUUAUUAAUGAUGUUGUAGCGCAACAAAAAAAGAUGACUGAAAUCUUUAAGAAGGCUGAUUGGGACCUUAAUGAAGCAAAUAAGGACCUUGUUGGUGAAAGUACUCAAGCACAUUUGCGACAAAAAGCAAUGCACGAGGAACUUGCCUCAAUAGAGAGUAAAACAGCGGACCUCCGCAAGGACAUGAUCAAUGCCAUGGCCCUCUUUGAUGUUUAUACUACUCAGGAGAGGGAAAUUCUGGAUCUACUUGCAGAAGCAGAAAAAUUGUACAACCAGCUUAUUAAUGAAUCUGCUGAUUUGACACAACAAAAAGAUAUCAGGAUAGACGAUGUGAAGCAAUUGAAAAGUAAGCAUGCAGAAAAACAAGACAUGAUAAGUGCCCUGACAAUGUCUUGCAGCGAACUUAGAAAAACUCUUAAAGACAGAGUACAAACUGGAGACUUUGGAUUGUCAGAACAACAACAAGCACUUCACAAAAAACGAAAUAACCUUACACAUUUGGAGAACACAAACAAAGAGAUUGAAUUGACGAUUGAAACCUUGAACAAUGACAUUAAAGAAAGUCGGCAGGAAAGAAAUAAAAUCAAGAAAGAGAUCCGGCAAGUGCAGGAAGUUUUAAAAAUUAAUAAAGGCAAGCUGCGCACCAUGAAGAAACAGCACUCCCAAGUGGAGAGGACUCAAAAUACAGCGAAAGCAAAGCUGUCUAUGCUGACAAAGACAAUGGCCGAUCAGGAAGAUCAAUUGAAGGCUGAGAUAGGAAAUUUAAAGAAAAGAAUCAAAGAAGCAAUUGUACUGCGAUCAAGACUUCAGGCCAAAGCUAAAUCAGAGGCUGAAGAAAUGGUUCGCAUUAAAGAUGGUAUCGAUCAGAAGAGAGAAAGUGUUUUAAAGAAGGUUACACAAGCUGAGAAAAUUGUUGAAAAUAUUGAAGCCAAGUUUAAAGAAUUUGAAGCCAUACACCAGACCCACAAUGAAACAUUCUUGAUGUUGAGCAAAAAACUAGAUGCAUUCAAAAGAAACCAGAAAUUGAAAACUGAAAAUCUACAGAAAGGAAAGGAAGACUUGCAAAAUCAGUUGAUUGAUGGUCAGAAAGAAUAUUUGGACAGCGUCAAUCAGAUUAACGACACCCUCAAGCAAAUUGAGACUAUACAGGGAAAUUUUUUGCAGAAGCAAACCUUAAGAACUAAGCUAUCAAAGGAGAUUGAAAAAUACAAAAAUAGCAUUAAGGAUCUACAACCAAUUCUGGAAGCAGUAGAGUUCAAGAAAAAUAAUGCUGCAAGCCUCAUCGCCAAAUUUAAGGCAGACCUUGAAAUAGCUAUGAAAAGGAAAACACAUGUGGAGGAAGAGCAUUGGAAAUUGAUUCAUGAUAGCAAGGAUAAACGUCAAGAGGUCGGGGUCAAAAACAGACCUAUUUAG